AGCAGUCUUCAUUUUGGAUUUAGAAUACAUGUAUCAUUUUGCAUUUGAAUGUAAUAAGUUACAUGAGUACAGCAUACAAAGUAAAAUAUUCUUUGAAUUAUAUUUUCUUGAGAAUGAAAAGCAUUCUAUAUUGGUGAGUAUACUGUAUAUGUGGGGAAAUCUAUUACUGAAUCAACAAGUCAAGGAAUUAUCCAUUUAGGCUAUCUGUUCUUUGUGAUUUCAUCAAUUUAACUUAUAUGAAAGCUACAGUAGGAGGAUUUGCUCAUCUUCUUCAAACAUUGACAGCACAUCUUUACCAACUCCCAGGACCAUGGAAAACUCUACUCACUUUAAGGUCUUCAGGCUUGCUGCAUACGGUGAUAUCGGACAAUUGAAGUAUUGCUACUUUGCUGUAGUAACUGUUUUAUAUUUUGCCAUCAUUCUUGCCAAUGCUUUGCUUAUUGGAGUUAUCUGCAUUGAAAGAAGCCUUCAUGAACCCAUGUAUCUGUUUCUAUGUGCUUUGUUUGUUAAUCAGUUGUAUGGGAGCACUGCGUUGUUUCCUGCUCUCAUGUUUUACUUGCUGUCUGACACACAUUAUAUUUCCCUUCUUUAUUGUUAUCUCCAGAUUUAUGUGUUGUACACAUAUGCUCUAACAGAAUUUAGUAAUUUAGCAGUUAUGUCCUAUGACAGGUACAUCUCUAUUUGUUAUCCUCUACAGUAUAACAAUAUUAUGACACCUAAAAUAAUUUGUGGCUUAAUUCUGCUGUCGUGCUCGUCUUCUUUUUUUCUCAACGCCAUCAAUAUCUCCCUGAGUUUGCGACUGCAAUUUUGUGGUAAUGUUCUAGACAGACUGUAUUGUGACAACUACUCAGUAGUCAAGCUUGCCUGUUCAAAUACUACGCUGAAUAACAUAUGGGGUCUUCUUGUCACUGUGGUUUAUCUUUAUUGUACUAUAUUUCCUACCAUAUACUCAUAUGUAAGAAUUCUACAAAUAUGUUUAAAGUCUUCAAAAGAGACAAAACAGAAAGCAUUUAACACCUGUACACCACAUAUAGCCUCUAUGCUGAACUUCUUCUUUGGCUGGUUAUUUGUGAUUCUACAAGGCAGGUAUGAAACUGCAGAUCUUCCACCUAUACUUCGCACUAUUUUAUUCGUUUAUUUUCUAAUAUGUCCACCACUUUUCAAUCCUUUAAUGUAUGGCAUUAGGAUGGUUCAAAUCAGGCAGGCUUGUAAAAGGGUACUAGGCCUUUACCCUAAAACAUAACCUGAUAGUUCCUUUUUCUCAUGUUGAAUAAUGUUCUCUUACUUAUAGUUGCUAUAAUUGAAUGUAAAAAUCACAUCAAGUUUAUCAUGUAUUGUAACUGAGAAUGUUUUGUGUCAUAUUAGCUAGUUAACUGCAUAACUACAGAGCAUCAAGGGGAGCUACCCUCCCUACCUUCAGACUAUAUUCAAACAGAUGCUGAGUGGGAUCUUUGGGAAGACCCUACACCCCAACCCAUUCUGCCAGAUCUGGACUCUUGGCCCACCUAACUUCAGGACAGCUGUGUCCCUGCCCAUCUUCCUAAAAUGUUUGUCAUCUUGAAUUGUUUCAGUUUUCAAGUUAAUUUCCUGCAGUUCUACACAUUUUGCCAUGAGGCAGAAAUAAAGGGAAUCUCUCACAAA